CCGAGGCAACCUCGCUAAGUACGACAGUUUGGGAACCGCAGUGGCUUUUUGAGUUCUAGCUAGCCCCCUAAAAGAUGAGACUUGUAACAUUUUCUUGGGCGUAUGAGGGAGAAGAAGUGUUUUUAUGUGGCUCCUGGAGUGAUUGGAAAAAUUUGUUAUUAUUAAGAAAAGUUUCUGGAAGAGAAGAAACAAUUUUUUCUGCUGUAGUUUCUUUGGAACCUGGCAUAUAUCUCUAUAAAUAUUUUGUUGAUGGGGAAUGGAAGAUUGACAAAAACGCGUUGGCAGUUUUCCAGCAAAACGGGGAAAUUUGUAAUUGUCUCUGUAAUCCCGACUCUUUGGUUCAAGAGGAUGCACUCCUUCAAACUCUUCCAACACGUGAGAAGGUUUGUUCAUCCAGUGAUAAGCCAGAGCUCCCCGCAAGGCUUGGCAACCCCAUCAGCCCCCGACCUGGCCAUCGAAAUGCGUUUGCUGCGGGGGAGGGGCGGAUGGCAGUAAUUAUGGUUGGCUUGCCAGCGCGAGGCAAAAGCUUUAUAUCUGCUAAAGUGGCUCGCUAUUUGAAAUGGUUGGGCUACGAGACGAAUGUCUUCAACGUCGGGGCUUACAGAAGGAAAAGGCUGGGAUCUUACCACCAGCAUGACUUCUUUCGCUCCGACAAUCCGGAGGGAGUAAAAAUUCGCUUGGAGCUUUGCCGCCACGCUCUAGACGACUUGCUCUCCUUUUUGAGUUCUGGAGGCCACGUGGGCAUUCUAGACGCCACAAACCACACGCGGCCUCGUCGUCGUUUUAUUGUAGAUUACUUGAAAGGAUAUAAAGAAGGUCACGUUAAACUGAUGUUUGUGGAGGUCAUUUGCGACAUGGCGAGUAUUAUUGACCGCAAUAUCCAGCUUAAGGCACACAAUUCGGCGGAUUACACCGAGGUUGACCCGAAGUUUGCCGAGGAAGAUUUUAGGGAGCGUCUGAAGCAUUAUGAGAAGAGCUACGAAACAAUAACAGAAAAGCAGCUUUCCUUUUUUAAACUGUUCAACGUGGGCGAGCGAACAGUUACCAAUCGCAUCCAAGGAAUCUUGCCUACGAGGAUAGUAUAUUAUUUAAUGAACCUACACAUCGUCCCGCGCCCUUUGUACUUUAGCCUUCAAGAGAAUACUUAUAGCAAAACCAGCCCUGACGUAGAAAAUAAAACUUCGCUAAGUAGCAAAGGUUCCAUGGCCGAGUUUAUGAGCUCUUCGCAACUUCCUAGAGCAGCCCUAGACCCCGCGGAGCACUUGAGCGUCUGGUGCAGCCCGGAGGCCGACGCCGUUGAGAUUGCGCAGAAGAUACCGCACGUGGAGCUUGUCAGCUGGAAAGCGCUGGAGGAAAUUGAUAUGGGCGAGUGCGCUGGUAUGUCCGCCGAAGAGUUCAAGGCCUGCAGGCCACGUGAUUUCAAGCAGAUGCAGAUGGAUCCCCUCCACUAUCGCUUUCCCGGGAUCGGAGGAGAGUCGUAUAGCGACCUUAUUGCCCGUCUAGAGCCAGUAAUUAUUGAGUUGGAGCGACAACGUUCGCCAGUACUAGUGAUUGCCCACAAAAGUGUUUUGCAGUGCCUACUCGCAUACUUUAUGAACAUGGAACCGGUCACAAUUCCUUCGGUGAAUAUUCCUCUCCACCAAAUAAUUAAGGUGGAACCCGCCAACGACGGCCUUAACUUAGAGCACUUCCCUUUAAAAUUUUGUUAAUUUUUAUUUUAUUAUAAAUUAA